AUGACCCGCAAGUGCAACAGCUCUGUCGGGGAGAUCCUCGGGCCUGGAGAUGCAGCACGACUUACCGACCUUGGUCUUGUGAAUCCUCCCACUCCCCCGAAUGGUUCUAUACUGGUUGACAAACGGCGUCUGAAUCGCUCGAGCGAUGAAGAGACCAAGUAUAUUCUUCUCAACGCCAAUAUCGAAUCUUGCCCUGACGCAUUUGCGACUAUUCCAGAGAAGCUCAUUUCGAAAGCGACUAUUGAGUAUAUCGGUUUCAGCAGCGAUAAAGCGACUGAGAUAUGGAGCGGUUGGGAUGCUAAGCCGUCUGGUCCUAUCAAACGCGAGAUUGACCUUAGUGGUGAAACCACUCCUGAGGUCUCGUUCAUCGACUGGGUGAUGAGUCAUACUGGGCGUCCCAUGAACUAUGAUGUCUGGGAGGACGAUAGUUCCGCCUGGUUCCGUCACAUGGAGCAGCGCGGUAUCGCAACUGAGCUCCAGCGUAGUAUCAUGGAUCCUCGUUUCAAGGACAUGCGGUUAACCGGCACCUGCAUUGGCUGGCUUCGGGAUACCAUGAAACUGCGUUAUGAGGCGCUGAAUGAGAUGCAGCAAGCUUCUGCUGAGCGUGAGAAAGCCCGAGGGCAUCGGAGGAAUUCUGCCCGGCCCCAAAAGUCGAGAUAA